UACAACAAUUUAUCAUUAACUCUCAAAUAAGUCAUUAGCAUCAUAAUAAAAUCUAACAAAGACAAUAUCAUGAAGAAUUACAGUGUGAUUGCCAUUCUUUCUUUGGCAGUACUAUUUUUCACCAUGCUUCCCCCAUCUGCAGGGGAAGCCAACUUUUGUCCAGGAGCUUUCACGGCAAAAGGUGUGUGUGCAAGUAUUGAUUGUGGGGAUUUGGCAUUGUUUCAUUGGCCAGCAAGUUCGAUGCCUCACGGUUGUGUGUGUUCCGAGGCUGGGCCAAAUCAAAGUCUUUGCACUUGUCAAAUUGUUUGUUGAUCAAAUAAUCAAAUUAAUUAUUAUGUAUGCGGAGUUAGAUCAUGUCUUUACUCUUUCAUCUAUGUUUCAUUAUAUUGGAUUGAAUAAUGUUUCUUCUUUUCAAGAAUGUUUUGAUGAAGUUGGCAAAUGCAAUUCAUUAAUAAAAGGGUUGUUUGUGAGAAAUAGUUUUUCCUUCAAACGACAUAAAAUUUCUGACGUAUG